AUGCCGCUUCUUGGAAUUCUUUCAUUCCUUUUUCUGACUUUUCAGGGUCCCGUGCAGGUCUUGCAAGCAGCAAUCGCUUGUACCAGCACGCGGAUUGCGCAUGGGGCGAGACGUGCGUUGCGGGUGAUUCUGACACUGCUGCCCAAGCGUGUGUACCUUCCACAGUAUGUGGUGGUUCGUCGAUGGGCAAUUGUCCGUCGGAUGAUAGUGGAAGACUCGUUUGUCUAUGGAGACCGUAUAGUGACUGUAGUGAAGGUUGUGCAGUUUUACAAGGGAACAAAGGCAUCUAUAAAUGCGUGUCCCUUUCGCGAUGCGAUGCGUACUACGGAGAGAUUGACUAUCAGGGUUAUGUGCCAAGGUGAAUGCAGUGUGAGUGGAGUGCGAUGCAAUGGUCAGGGAUCGUGUAAUAUGGUGUCGUUAAGCCCUGGCAAAACGCCCAAUUUUAGCUACACUUGUGAAAAUGGCUACAGUGGAAACAAGUGCGAGAUUGCACUACACGGUCAACGAAAGCCACCCCCACGAAAUAUUCGUCCAUUGGCAACGGUGACUCGGCUUGGAAAAAUACUUGAUGACGACUCUGGUGUGGAGGACUGGCCGACAGCGGGUCGACGAACAAAAAGUGGCAUCCAUACAGGCUGGCUUAUCUUUAUCCUUGUGAUCGCAGUGGUUAUCAUGCUCGGCACGGUUCUGUGGGUAGUAUAUAUUAUACGAAAAAGGAAGCAGCAGCAGGAGGCGGAGGAAUACGCCAAUGCGCUUGCUUCGGCUGAAGGAGUUGGUGCAGUGGGUCUGCGAGACCUUGCCGCUGGACACACAGGCCAUACUCCAAGAGCACACAUAGUUUCCUUAGUGUGA